ACACACCUUCAGUCAGAUAAUUCCAGACGACUCCCAAGUCAGAAUCCAGCAAGCAUCUCUCUCCCAUGGCGUCUCCGCCCUUCCCCGUCCAGUUCAAAACCCCCGGCGAUUCGCCGCCGCCCACCGCCGCCCUUCUCUCCCCCUCCUCGUCUUCCCCCGUGCCCCAGCCCCCCACUGUCUCCCGCCUCCUGCUCCUCCUCACUGCCGCCCUCGCCGCGGCAACCGCCUUCCUCCUCAUCCGCCCACCGCUCACCACCACAACUGCGGCCUCCGCCACCGCGCGGCAGCUCGCCAUUCUCCCGAAGCCGGUGGUCCUCCUCAUCUCCUCCGACGGCUUCCGCUUCGGGUAUCAGUACAAGGCCCCCACCCCGCACAUCCGCCGCCUCAUCGCCAAUGGCACCUCCGCCGCCGAGGGGUUGAUCCCCGUCUUCCCCACCCUCACCUUCCCCAAUCACUACUCCAUCGUCACUGGCCUCUACCCCUCCUCCCACGGCAUCAUCAACAACUACUUCCCGGACCCAAUCUCGGGGGAUCGCUUCAACAUGUCCAACCACGACCCUAAGUGGUGGCUCGGGGAGCCCCUCUGGGCCACCGCCGCCGCCCAAGGGGUCCGGGCCGCCACAUUCUUCUGGCCGGGCUCGGAGGUUAAGAAGGGCUCCUGGGACUGCCCGGACAAGUACUGUCGCCACUACAAUGGCUCGGUGCCGUUUGAGGAGAGGGUGGAUGCCAUCCUUGGUUAUUUCGAUCUCCCGUUUGACGAAAUGCCGCAGUUCCUGACUCUGUACUUUGAGGAUCCUGAUCACCAGGGGCACCAGGUGGGGCCUGACGACCCAGCGAUCACUGAUGCGGUUAUACGGAUCGACGAGAUGAUCGGGAAGCUCAUUGCUGGUUUGGAGGCAAGGGGGAUGUUUGAGGAUGUGAACAUUAUAUUGGUCGGGGAUCAUGGUAUGGUUGGGACCUGUGACAGGAAGCUAGUGUUUCUCGAAGAAUUGUCUCCGUGGAUUGAGCUGAAGGAAGAUUGGGUUCUUUCAAUGACACCAUUGCUAGCAAUCAGGCCGCCAGAUGGUGUGUCACCAGCUGAUGUUGUGGCCAAGAUGAACGAGGGGCUUGGGUCUGGGAAGGUGGAGAAUGGAGGAUAUUUGAAGAUGUACUUAAAGGAGGAUUUGCCUUCUCGCUUGCAUUACUCAGAGAAUUAUAGGAUCCCCCCAAUCAUCGGGCUGGUAGAGGAAGGGUAUAAGGUGGAGAUGAAAUGUUCCAAGAGAAAUGAGUGUGGAGGGGCACAUGGGUAUGACAAUGCCUUCUUCUCAAUGAGGACCAUAUUUGCCGCACAUGGACCUCGUUUUCAGGGGGGUAGGACUGUGCCCUCAUUUGAAAAUGUGGAGAUAUACAAUGUCAUGGCUUCCAUUCUCAAUUUGAAACCAGCUCCGAACAAUGGUUCAGCUUCUUUCCCUGGCACGAUUCUUUUACCGAGCGAAUGAUCAUGGACACACGUACGAGCUGUCGUUAGGAGUAAGGCCAUGCUGAUGCCUGAUGGUAUUCUCUUCUGGUUGUUGUUGUACACCUCUUAAAUUAGACUUCUGUCACCAGCAGCUAUUCACUGUAUCUGAAUGAAAAUGCUGCUAGUAGAGAGUAUCUUUUCAUUUGGGACAACAUUUGGUAACAUGAUUCACAUCAAACCUUUAGCUGCUCUA